GUCGGGGGCGGGGCUUCUGCAGGCUUGGGGGCGGGGCCUGUCUGGAGAGCCGCCAAGUUGGGCAUCUUUUCAAAGAGGGCAACGAGGAGCGUGGAGAGCCCGGGAAAACCAGAUAACGGGUAGAGGGGGGCGGAGGCUGGGGAAGGGCGGGGGGCCUUGCGGAGAGCACGGUUCAGAUCUGCUUCAGUCGAGGAUUAGGGUUCCUGCUGGCGGGGACGGGACGCCCGGGAGCUUGCAUGACUUAGUGGUCACGGCCCCACCCUGCACUUGGAAUGCGCCACGUCUCUCUCUGGGAUCAUCCACUGGGGGCUCCGGGACACACCCAGGAGAUUCUGACCCCUCAUCUGAUUUCACUUCUAAAGAAAUCCCUGCCCCUGCCCCCUCCUCCCUCAACAUUUCUUGACUCUAAAACUUGGCUACUGGGUGCCAUCUCUGUCUCCUGCCCAAGUCUCUCCUCCUCCAUCCUGCUGUUCCCUUCCCUGCCCUUUUUCGUGCGUUCUCUAAUUCCUAGCUUCCUCCACCGCCCCCAGGAGCUGAUGAUGUGGCGGCCUUCACUGCUGCUGCUGCUGCUGCUGCUGCUGCUCAGGCCCGGGGCCCAGGGGAAGCCGCCCCCUGACGCUGGCCCUCAUGGCCAGGGGAGGGUGCACCAGGAGGCCCCCCUGAGCGAGGCCGCUCAUGACGACGCCCACGGGAACUUCCAGUACGACCACGAGGCUUUUCUGGGAAAAGAAGUGGCCAAGGAAUUCGACCAACUCACCCCAGAGGAGAGCCAAGCCCGUCUGGGGCGCAUCGUGGACCGCAUGGACCGCGCGGGGGACGGGGACGGCUGGGUGUCGCUGGCCGAGCUCCGCGCGUGGAUCGCGCACACGCAGCAGCGGCACAUCCGGGACUCGGUGAGCGCGGCCUGGGACACGUACGACACGGACCGCGACGGGCGUGUGGGCUGGGAGGAGCUGCGCAACGCCACCUACGGCCACUACGCGCCCGGGGAAGAAUUCCACGACGUGGAGGACGCCGAGACCUACAGCAAGAUGCUGGCCCGGGACGAGCGGCGCUUCCGGGUGGCCGACCAGGACGGGGACUCCAUGGCCACCCGGGAGGAGCUGACCGCCUUCCUGCAUCCCGAGGAGUUUCCCCACAUGCGGGACAUCGUGAUCGCCGAAACCCUGGAGGACCUGGACAAGAACAGAGAUGGCUACGUCCAAGUGGAGGAGUACAUUGCCGACCUGUACACCCAGCAGCCCGGGGAGGAGGAGCCGGCCUGGGUGCAGACGGAGCGGCAGCAGUUCCGGGACUUCCGGGACCUGAACAAGGACGGGCGGCUGGACGGCAGUGAGGUCGGCCACUGGGUGCUGCCCCCCGCGCAGGACCAGCCUCUGGUGGAGGCCAACCACCUGCUGCACGAGAGCGACUCGGACAAGGACGGGCGUCUGAGCAAGGCCGAGAUCCUGGGCAACUGGAACAUGUUCGUCGGCAGCCAGGCCACCAACUAUGGGGAGGACCUGACCCGCCACCAUGAUGAGCUCUAGCCCCACCUGCUGCUGCCCUGUGACCCCCGGGGGCGGGGGGGCCUGAGUGGGGACAGGAGCGGACACAGCGGCCCCUGCCCGGCCCCAGACUCUUACAGACUGGCUGGGUCACCCCCCACCCCAGGGCACCCCAGGCCUGGGGUGAGUGACUGAAGUCUCCUGCAGAAUCACCCAGCACCCCAACACCCAACACUGAGUUCACCGUGCAGACACCUCCGUUAACCUCCCAGCUCCAAAUCUGAGCCUCUCACUGAACAGACGGAACCCCUAAUGCCCCCCGGGGGGGGGAAGGACAUCUCCCCCUCUGCCAAGGAGGCAGUAAAGCCCAGUGCCAGGCUUUAUCUCUGCCCAAGUCUGGGAGGGGUGGCAGAGGGGGUGGCUAGGCCCG